AUGGAGGAAAAUGUCGCCGAGCAGGAAAGGGAUCUCAGAGAUCUGAUACGGAGAGCCAAAGGGCAGCCCAACAAAACGGGGAACAUGAGGCGCGACACACUCACCCAUCUCAUAUCACUCACCCAAUCUACGCAUCCUGCUUCGCUAAAGAUACUCGCGGCAGAUGGUAUCCAGUACUUUUUCAAGGAUUUCCCGGAGCUUGAGGAAGCCUCAAUCAAUGCUGUGUAUGACUUGUGUGAAGACCAGUCGCCUAUGGUGCGGAUAGAAGGGUAUAAAGCCUUAGCACACAUGUCAAGGGCCCAAACAAAGUGGGUGAAGCGUAACGCGGAUGUAUUAUUGCAGCUAUUGCAAAGUGACGAGCCAGAUGAAGUUACCGUGGUCAAGCAUUCUCUACUUGAGCACCUCGAGCUUGACCCGCGAAUCACUCUCAGUGUGUUGUGCGACCAGAUAACGCCUCUGGAAGCCUCCUCUGACGACGAAGAGAAAGGGAUCAGGGACCGGCUGAGAGUUUUAGUAUUGUCGUUUCUGGCCGAUGAAGCGAAACAUGCAAUUGCGAGAAGGGUGACAUCGGGAAGCGAAGCCGAAGAUGUGCUAGUGGGGGAGUUGUUGGCGGCAAUACCAAAACUCCCGCCCCCCGACGUCGGCAAAAUAGUGAAGGAGAUCCUUCUCGUCCUUCCAUCGUACAACACUCAAUCACGGCAAGGGAAAGCGCUCCUGCGCGUUCUCCUUGACUUGGCGCGCGACUCGCUGCGCAAGGCGCUUCGCAGUAGCGCAUCUAGACAAGCCAUCACUUUUGAAGAUACACAAUUUUACCUUCGGUUAGCACAUAUUCUUGCAGUGGAGCGAAGCGCCGCCCCUGCAACGGACUUACUUGCGUUUUACCUCACUUCGCUUGCAUCGAAGAUGACACUGCAAAGGCUCUCGCCUCCCAAUCAGGUUCUGGCCAUCGGACAACUCGCAGACGCCUUCCGAGCUUCGGGUAGGGACGACACUAGUCUGGGAUUGGUGACCGAAGAAGAGACGGCCAAAGUUAGGCGACAAGCGGUCGAUGCUUGCCCCAUUUUGUUCGAGCGGCUUGUGGACAUCGGGAUCGCGGAUUCGAGGACAAUGGGUGCUUGCAUCGUCUUACUCACUGAGUGUGUUCGCCGAAACAAAGAUACUUCAUGGUCGAUCCCAGCACACUUCGAAACUGCGCUUGCACGUUUGACGACCUCCUCAUUUUGUGCCGACGACAACGCUGGUGGUAAUAACAAUAUCAGAGAAGCGCGGCACAUUAAAGGCCUAAUAAGGUCCAUAGCUCCGUCAUUGUUCUCGUCAGUGAAGCCGCAACAAACACAAACCGCAGCCACAGCCACGGAUAGACGACCCAAUACAAACACGACACCAAGAGAUUCCAUUACCCGAUCUCCUUCAGCAUCGACGUCGGCUUCCUCUCCCGUGGUUAUCAAGCGCCCAACGUAUAACGAUGGUGACAAGAGCGCGACCCCGAUCUCAAGAAUAACAUCUAAGCCCGGCAUCACGGAGGAUCGACCGGCGAAGAGGUUGAAAACAGAAGCAGAAACACCGUCGUUAUUGAGCCGCAUGGGAACCGACAAAAAUAAUAGUAACAACUCCGUGUUUGGCGCAGUAAUGGCAAGACAACGUAAUACGGUGAAUGCAACACCGAGAGAUAGGCCACUGCGCAGCCCAGUCCCUCAGGUCAACGUGAAGGCAUCGCCAUCGUCUUCUGGAAAGGCUGAAGGAGGAAUAAGCAUUAAAGGCGCAGCAGACCGUGAUGGAGGAAGACCCUCAAAUGGUGGAAAUAACACUGCCCCGCCAGCCUCGUUGCUAGCUCGACUGCACGCAAGUCCUGCGGCGCCCGUCAACAACAACCGAGGUUUGGAGGAUCGACUGGGGAAAAGAAAGGGUAUAUAG